UUCUUUUUCCCCCCCGCCUGAUCGCCCAGUUCACUCUUCUCUUAUCUUCUUACCAUAUCCCCCAUUUCUUCAAUUUUUCUCCUAAAAUCACUCUGUUUAUUUCUAUUUUCUUUAGUUUAUAGUAGAGCUGAGAAAUUUCAUUUAUUUAUUUAAUUUUGGUCUUUUUAGUUGAUUAAGCUAAAAAAUCAAGUGUUAUUUUGGGUUUUUUGAUUAGGUGAUCGAAAAUGGUGGAUUUAAGUGAUAAGGGUAUAAGAUCUGAAGAAAUGAGCAGUGAAACUUCUUCACCAGAAAGGAAUGAUGUUAAGACUUGUGCUGAUUGUGGUACAACUAAAACUCCUCUUUGGAGAGGUGGACCUGCUGGUCCCAAGUCACUUUGUAAUGCGUGUGGGAUUAAAAGCAGGAAAAAGAUAAGAGCACUUCUGGGGUUGAACAAAGAAGACAAGAAAUCAAAGGCAUUUGGAAACAAAAGCAUUGGACUACAACACCAAAGUUGUAACAGUAGCAGUAAUAGCAGCAGUGGAGAUAGUAGUAGAAGCAGUAGUUUUGGGAAGAAAACUAUUUCUUCUUCAUUGAAAAGCAAAGUAUUUCCUUUUGGGAGAGAAGUAAUUUUGCAGAAACCAAGAUCGAGUUCGACUCAGAAGAGAAAGUUGGGAGACGUAGAACAAGCAGCUUUCUUAUUGAUGGCUCUUUCUUGUGGUUCUUUCUGUAACAAGUACAAUAAUUAUGCUUCGAUCCGAAAUAAGUUCGUCGACCAUAUGAAAACAUGAAAGAAAAAUUGUAGUGGCUGUAAAAGUAGUGCCAUUUGUGAGUUGGUGUAUGGUUGAAUGAUCAAGACGGAGCUUAAUCAAGUUAAGAGCUCUAUAUUUUAAAUUCAAUUUUUAAUUUUAAAUUACUUUAAUUACAAAGUCUUGAAUAUGCUAA